CGGCGCGGCCGUCGGCCGUGCGGCACCGCGACCGCGGCCGUCUGGACGUCGGCAAGGUGAGCUUCGCGCCGCAGAUCGAGUGGCUGGCGCCGAGCGAGGAGUUCGCCGAGAAGGCCGAGACCGAGCUGGUGAAGGAGACGGCCGGCCCCGGCCUCGAGGAGUCCAGCCGCCAGGCGGCCAGCAUGCGCAAACUGGAGGAGGAGAACGAGUCGCUGCGGCGCGCCAUCGAGAACUACCGCGAGCGCGACCGCUCGGCGCGUGGCAGCGUGGACGCCUCGGGCGGCGAGCGGCGCUCGGAGCGGGCGCCGGCGGCGUCGCGCGAGCUCGAGGACGCCGAGGACGGCGAGGAGGACGAGGUGGAGAAGGCCGUCGAGGCCUCGCCAAACGGUACCUUCCUCAAGUUCGACGAGGAAAUCGGUCGCGGCAGCUUCAAGACCGUCUACAAAGGCCUGGACGCCACCACCGGCGUGUUCGUCGCCUGGUGCGAGCUGCAGAUGAGCGGCAAUCGUCUGAGCAAGAAGGAGCGCGACCGGUUCCGGGAGGAGGCCGACCUGAUGAAGGGCCUGACGCACCCCAACAUCGUCCGCUUCUUCGACUACUGGGAGGUGGACAAGCCGCGGCGACGCUGCAUUGUACUGGUGACCGAGCUGAUGACGUCUGGCACGCUCAGGACAUAUCUGAAGAACUUCGGCCAGAGGAAAGUCUCUCUCAAGAUCAUCAAGUCUUGGUGUCGUCAGAUACUGAGAGGUUUACAGUUCCUGCACUCGCGAAACCCGCCCAUCAUCCACAGGGACCUCAAAUGUGAUAACAUUUUCAUAUCGGGUACCACAGGCCAGGUCAAGGUGGGCGACCUGGGGCUCGCCACGCUCAAGAAUAGGUCGUUUGCGAAGUCUGUUAUAGGCACGCCCGAGUUUAUGGCCCCGGAGGUGUACGAGGAGCACUACGACGAAGCGGUGGACGUUUACGCCUUCGGCAUGUGCAUGCUGGAGAUGCUGACGUCCGAGUACCCGUACUCGGAGUGUACGGGGCCGGCGCAGAUCUACAAGAAGGUCAUCACGGGCAUCAAGCCGUCCAGCUUCGAGAAGAUCGACGACCCGCAGCUGAAGGAGCUGAUCGAGUGGUGCACGCGGCUGCACAAGCUGGAGCGGCCCACCGUCAAGGAGCUGCUCAACCACGAGUUCUUCGCCGAGGACUGCGGCAUGCGGCUGGACGUGGCCAACCGCGAGGAGACGGUCAGCUCGGGCGGCAGCGUGGUGGAGCUGCGCCUGCGCGUGCUCGACGCCAAGAAGCGUCGUGACAAGCACAAGGAGAACGAGGCCAUCCAGUUCAACUACAAUCUCAACAAGGAUAACCCAGAGGAGAUCGCUAAGCACAUGGUGAUGUCGGGCAUCCUGACCGAGGAGGACGCGCGGUCGGUGGUGAAGCUCAUCAGUAACCAGAUCCAGAGCCUGCUGCGCGCUCGUGAGGAGAAACGGCGUGAGCAGAGCUCCCCAGCCGCUCCGGCGCCGGCGCCGGCCGCGGGAGCCCCGCACAGCUCGGCCUCGCUGCCGGCGCUGGGCAACGGGCAGGCGCCGGCCACUGCCCAGCAGCCGCAGCCGCCGGCUCAGCAGCCACAUCAGCAGCAGCAGCAGCCGUCGGACCAGCAACAGCUGCAACAGCCGGUGGGGCAGCCGCAGCAGCAGCAACACUCGCAUUUCCUGCAGCCACCCCAUCAGCAGCAACAGCAACAACAACAACAGCAGCAGCAGCAGCAGCAGCAGCAGCAGCAGCAGCAGCAACAGCAGCAGCAGGAGCAACAGCAGCAGCAGCUCCAUCAUACACAUUCCGUACAGCCACAGCAUUCUCAACAUCCUCAGCAACAGCAGCAGCAGCAGCAACAACAACCGCAACAGCAGCAACAGCAGCCGAAGCAGGAACAUCAGCAACAACAACAGCAACAGCAGCAGCAGCAGCAGCAACAACAACAACAGAAGCAGACUCAACAACCACAACUGCAACACCAGCAGCCUCAGCAGCAGCCGCCGCCGCAGCAGCAGCAGCCGUCGCCGCAGCUGGCGCCGCCGCAGCACCAGCAACAGUUGCCAGUGGCGGCGGCAGGUCCGGCGUCAGCGUUGGGCGCCAGCCAGGAAGAGCUGGCUGUGGCUCCGCCUGCCAGUGAGGGGUCACAGCAGGCGCCGGCCGCUAGUCUGGAGGUGCUGGUGGAGGGCGUGCAGGCGUCAGACAGCGAGGCGGCCGCGACAGAGAGGAAGGAGCGCCGCAAGCCGUCGCGGCGCCGCAAGACCGGCGAACGGCUGCCCCGUCUCACCGUGCUUGAGGUGAAGGGCAGCGACAACGGCCCGGUGGUGUCCUGCCUGCUGGAGACCAACCAGUCGCAGGCGAUCACAUUCAAGUUCGAUCUGCGCGAGGCGGACGUGUCGGCCAUCUCCUACAAAAUGACCGAGGCGCACCUGCUGCCGCGCGACGACGCCCAGUACUUCGAGGAGCAGCUGCACGCUAUCAUCCGCCAGCGGCUGGAGCUGGAGUCCGGCGGCGGCGGCGGCGGCGGCGGUGGUGGUGGUGGUGGUGGUGGUCUGCACCGGCGCCAGCCCUCCUACGACGAUGAGCAGGGUCCGCGCCGACGCCUGUCGCGGUUCGUGGUCAGCUCGGUGGCGCAGACCGUGGCUCCCGUCAGUCCGCUCUCCUCGCCACACUCGCCCAGCGCCGACCAGCCGGCGCCGCCGGCGGACGGCAGCGGCGUCUCCUCGGCGCCGCCCGUGCUGGCCGGCCGGUUCUCCAUCACGGUGACCACGCCUCCGAGCUCGAGCACCGAGCACAGGUGA